CGAAGGGGACGGAAGGGAGGGGAGAGAGCGAGAGAGAGAGAAAAGAGGGGGAGCACAUGUGUAUGCUUGUCACUAAGGGGCUGGGAGAAGGACUAAGGGAAGCGAGGUAGCUGGCCACAGCCGCCAUAUGCUGACUGGAUUCCUGUUCAUGUCUGCUGUGUGAAGACUGUAGGUUUCUGUUGUGUGCUGGCCGGCUGGGGAACACACCAUGGGAAGCUCACAUCUCCUCAACAAAGGCAUGCCUCUAGGCAUCAGGCCACCCAUCAUGAACGGGCCAAUGCACCCCCGCCCGCUGGUGGCGCUGCUGGAUGGGCGCGACUGCACUGUGGAGAUGCCCAUCCUGAAAGAUGUAGCAACUGUGGCCUUCUGUGACGCUCAGUCCACACAGGAGAUCCACGAGAAGGUGCUGAAUGAAGCUGUAGGAGCUCUGAUGUACCACACCAUCACUCUGAUGAGAGAAGACCUGGAGAAAUUUAAAGCUCUGCGCAUCAUCGUCCGCAUCGGCAGCGGCUACGACAACAUUGACAUAAAAUCUGCAGGGGAACUGGGCAUUGCUGUAUGUAAUAUGCCGGCGGCCUCAGUGGAGGAGACGGCGGACUCCACACUGUGUCACAUCCUCACCUUGUACCGACGCACCACCUGGCUGCACCAGGCUCUCCGGGAGGGCACACGGGUUCAGAGCGUGGAGCAGAUACGAGAGGUGGCGUCAGGGGCGGCGAGGAUCAGAGGAGAGACACUGGGACUCAUAGGGCUCGGUCGAGUGGGCCAAGCUGUAGCCCUGCGAGCCAAGGCCUUUGGCUUCAAUGUGAUUUUCUAUGACCCUUAUUUGGCUGACGGAGUAGAAAGAUCCCUGGGACUACAAAGGGUCACCACACUACAGGACCUGCUCUUCCACUCUGACUGUGUGUCUCUGCACUGCAGCCUGAACGAACACAACCACCACCUGAUCAACGACUUCACCAUCAAACAGAUGCGUCAGGGGGCGUUCCUGGUAAACACAGCCAGGGGGGGCCUGGUGGAUGAGAAGGCCCUGGCUCAGGCUCUGAAGGAGGGGAGGAUACGUGGAGCGGCUCUGGAUGUGCAUGAGACGGAGCCUUUCAGUUUCAGUCAGGGCCCACUGAAGGACGCCCCCAAUCUGAUCUGCACCCCACAUGCUGCCUGGUACAGUGAACAGGCGUCGCUGGAGAUGAGAGAGGAGGCAGCCAGGGAGAUCCGAAGGGCUGUCACAGGUCGUAUCCCAGACAGUCUGAAGAACUGCGUGAACAAGGAGUUCCUCACCCAGAACAACCACUGGGCAGGAGUUGACCCAGCUACAGUCCACCCUGAGCUAAAUGGGGCUUACAGGUAUCCCCCAGGAGUAGUGAGCUUGCCAGCCGGCGGCCUCCCGCCUCCCGUUGAAGGCAUUGUGCCCAGCGCCGUGCCCAUUACACACACCCUCCCGCCCGCUGUCACACACCCGCCUCAUGCCCCAUCUCCUGGACAAAACACAGUGAAGCCACCAGAGGGCGACAGAGAGCAGCAUCCCAAUGACCAACUGUAGCCACACUCACACACACACAUACACGCACACACACAAACACACAUGCUUGCCCGUGUUAUCUGUUAACUGGAGGUCAGCAUGGCAACCGGUGUCAAAGUUCCCUAGCGACAAGUUGUUAUCAGACAGGUUCACAGAGUGUCAGAGCGACAGGUUGAGGUCCCAAAAACAAUCGAUUCACAGCUGUCUGGCAAUUGGUUCCCAGCAGCCAGUUCACACUCCAAAGAGGAAGAAGAGGAUGAGGAGGUGGAGCGGAUAGCUGUCAAAUGCUCUAAUCAAAGCACAAGACAGUUGUCCUCUGCCCCAACCAGAUGUCCUGAAAAAGACUGUAAAACUCAAGGUCCGCUGGUUGAUCUUCACUUAACAACUUAAGCUGAGUUUUAAAUUGUUUCCUCUGCCAGAAGUUACAAAAAAAUCUCUUGAUUGGGAAAGAAAAAAAUACUGAGUCAAAUUCUGCUUUCUUAGACUGUAGUGUGUCCAAAGUUAGAGGAACGGGUUUCAUGUCUUUCUCUCCUUUUUCUGUGUCCUUUCCUUAGUUUGAUGUACAAGCAAAAGUAGUAGGUUAUGAAAUGAAUGUAACCUGUCUGUGUACAGUUUUUAGAUUUACGGCAAGAAGAUACUGAUAUUUGUAUUCCAGUCUUAACAAAAACAAGAGUUAUGUGAUCUCUCUAUGUAGCCAAACUGGUUUGAGAAUACAAUAUCUGUUUGUUUUCUGUUUUUUUUUUUUUUUUUAAUGUGUCCCCAAAUUAACAAGCCCCCCCAAAAAAGAGGCAGCUUUUUGCACACCAUCUCAGGAAAUUAAGUUUCCGCAGUUGGUAUAUUAUUUUUUUAUUUUUAUUUUUUUGUUUAAAAAAUUCCUUUUUAUGCCACUUAGUGCUUUUGUUUUUCUACCUGCUUGCCUUUUCAUGUCCCGCUACAUUAGAAAAAGAACUUUAACAAGAGCUAAAGUCAAUCUAAUGUUUGCUUUUGUUUGUUAUGUUAAAGGGGCAUGUGACUUUGCUCUUGGACUAAUGUAAAUGUUUGACCCAAAUCGAGGGGGUUGUGGGUGGAAAGGCUGUAGGAAGGUGGCAAAAUGGUAUGCUUGGCUAGAGCGACUUCAUCCUUAGUCGUGAUUUCUAAUUGCAAACUAGAGUGGUUGCAUUUAUUACUCUGUAAGACAAAGCAGGUAGUCCAUAAGGUGAUUCACUGAGAGUUGUAGCAGCUUACACUCAUAGAAGGUACUAAUAUUCGUCUUUAUUCGUUCGUAUCUUUGUCUUCAUGUCUAAUGAUCCAGUACUUCCACUGUCACACAGUAAACGUCCAGCUCAUGGAGUUUGAGCAGCUCAGCACACUAAGGUUUACAAAUAAUGCACAACAUUGAUGAGAUCCGUGUGUUGCUUCACGCUGCUAAAUCAGUAAUUGCCUGAAGUUGCCCUUCCAGCACCUGGAUAUGUCAAAGCAGCCAGCAGACUUGUGAAAAACUGCAUCAAAAGCUCAGUUAUUCAACUGCUCUGCUUUCUGCCAAAACCAUUUUUGGUCCUUAUUUGAAAUUAAACUCACUUGUACAGAUGUCACAUCCAGUUAAGGACAGUUAAUAGUUACUGACAGAUGAGGAACAGUUGUGUGCUUCAAGUUAGGUCAAACCAAAUUUUCAUAUUUCUGAUCUGCUCCCAAGUCGACCUUUUAAGACUUUUAAAAAUGCUUUUUGUCUUGUCAGUUUGAACAGCUUUCUAAAAGAAGAGCAACCUGCUUAUGCGAUUGAAAAACUAUGGUUUUGCUGAAACGUGACAAACGUCAUAUAUGCACAGUGAAGUAAAGAUGUUUUAAUGAUAGCAUGUCAGAAUGUACGGAUUGCUCCAGUCUAGUAUCCCUUUAACAUUUCAUGAUGGCUCCUUCCUGAGUAUACCGUUUAGCCACCCUCUGUGGCCUCUGUGUCUAUGUGUACAUAUGGUGUUCUGCCUGCCUGUGUCAAUGUGACUUGGUUGUAUCUGUGUCUAAAAAAGCAGCACUGGGAGGAGGGGUGGUGGCGAGUACUCUCCACAAGGCAUCAUUACACAACCGAACACUAUGUAAAAGAAAAAAAAAAAGGAAAAAAAAAGGCAGCAAACUGAACCAGUAAUCCACGUGUUUAUUGGUUACGUUCCCACAAUGUAAAAAAAUGUGCUUAAAUUGUUAUGGCAAAGGGUCAAAGGUAAAAUAUCUGAAUCUCUUUGCUAUCAGGAAUAUUUAUUUAUCACCGAUUCUGACUCAUGUGUUGUUGAUGCUAGCAGGCCAGCUAAGUGAUGGUGCUUUCUCGAUCCCCUUCUACCAGCAGCUGAGUAGUAAAAACAGUUCACUGUUGCCUACCUGGUCGUCUUCAUGGUGAGGUAGUAAGCGUAGCGAUCAGGGAUGGAAAUUUCACUUGCCAUUGGUCUGUAUUUUGCAGCCUGGGCUAAUGUCAAAUUCUCACUGGCCAGAAUAUGAACAGGGCGUCUAGCACAGAGGGUAUUGUGGUGACAUUUAAAUAUCACUGUCAAGCUUGAGCCCCAGAAUCCUGAUAAGAACGCUGGGAUAUUUUGAACUUUACUCUAAGUCUUUCCUCAUCAGAUGCCUGCCGUCAUGUGGGGGUGAAACUCUCUGCUAGUAUUUCCUAAUAUAAACUCUAAGCAUUCCUUAUUCAAACCGAUGGGUGCCACAAGUAAAAACAGCCGGCUAGCUUUUUGAGUGUCGAGGUGCUCCUUGAAAUUCCAUCCCUGGUAGUAACAUACAGUCCACUGUUGCCUACCUUGGUCCCCUUUAUGGUAAAGUAGUAGGCGUAGCAAUAUACAGUAUACAUAUUCUAUAUUCUACAGUAAAUAUCAUUAUUUUUGGUUAAACUGACAACCUGACAAAGAUAUGUUUGUGACUGUAUGCAUUUGUAUGAAUUAUUUUAAAAGGAAAUAAAUUGUGGAAAGGUG